AUGUCGGGAGUGUGGGUGUUCAAGAACGGCGUCGUUCGGCUAGAGGAGAAUCCUGGAGCUGCUGAGGAAACAAAACCAAAGGUUCUGGUUCAUACUCCAAGUAAGGAAGUCAUAACGUCGUACUCAGAUCUCGAGCAACAUCUAUCCACACUUGGCUGGGAACGUUACGAGGAUGAUCCUACUCUCCUUCAAUUCCACAAAAGAUCCAACCCUGAUCUCAUCUCACUUCCUAUUGAUUUCUCCAAGUUUUCUCCGAUUCACAUGUGUGACAUCGUCAUCAAGAACCGUAACAUGUUCCAAGUCAGGGACAUGUAG